UUGAAGAGAGAAAUGAAAAUGGUCAAGUUGACGCUGGGCGCGGAUUGUGUAUUAUGUCAUUUAUCAUCACUUGUUGAGAAACAGAUGAAAAUAAUGUCACAGGUUCCAAUAAUGCUUAUUGAGACAUGUGACUUCUUUCGGUUCUGUACCAGAAGCUGAAAAAAUUCUUACAAUUGUGGAACGAGGGGGACUGCCGACGAACAAAGCUACCAUAACCUAGAAACUUUGACACUGGUGGUGAAAAGACGUGUUGAAAAAAUAGAUAUAUAAUUUAAACGCUCCACAAUACAGUAAAUUAUUCAAUAUGGGAAUUCGAGGGCUGACAACCUAUAUCGCGAGGCAUUCAGAGCAGUACUUGGAGCCGUUCGAAUUGCAUGACACAUAUUUGGUCAUAGAUGGUAACAGCAUAGCGUGCCAACUCUACAAUUGGCAUGCCCGUUGCAACUGUGCCUUUGGAGGUGACUAUGACAGGUAUGCAGAACACGUUAGGGAGUUUUUUGAUAAUUUGACUAGAUGCAAAAUUACUCCACUUGUCUUAAUUGACGGUGGAUACGAAAAUAAGAAAAUUAAAACUACAUACUCUCGUCUACGAUCUAAAAUUAAAAUGGCGUCAUACUUCACACAUACACAAAGUUUGAAAUUUUUUCCCAUAUUGAUGAAGGAAGUCUUCAGGGAUGUAAUGGAUGAGAAGCGUGUCAAGUACGCUCAGUGUGCCUUUGAAGCUGAUGAUGAAAUUGCUGCUGUUGCUAGGAUUCUAGGCUGCCCAGUGCUCAGUUAUGACUCUGAUUUUUUUGUUUACGGAGUAUUGUAUAUACCGUACAAUACACUGGACGCGGGUUACGUUAAAGGUCGAAAGACAAAUGGAUAUGUUAAGAGGUGUAAAAUUUAUCGAGUAGAAAAGUUCUUAAAUAGUUUUGGAGGCUUGGACAGAUCUUUGCUGCCUUUGAUCGCCACGCUACUAGGCAAUGACUACAUUAAACGAGGCGUUUUCAAGCAAUUUUUUCAAAAUUUGAAAUUGUCUAAACUAACUAAAAAAAAUAGCAACGAACAACAGCGGCGAAUUGCAGCGUUACUCAAUUGGCUACAGCCAUAUACCUUGAACAGUGCUGUAAGAGCAGUGCUUAGUAGGAUACAAAAAGAACAUCGGCGUCGAAUUAUGAGUGAAAUGGAAGCAGUCAUCGCUGGUUAUACAAGUUCUUCUCCCCGUAUGCUUGCACCACUUGGAUUUUCCAAAGAAUAUGUAACUGAAGUAGAAACAAGCAGAGUAAACAGUCCUUUCAAAUUUCAAGAGGAUUUCAAUAGCUUGGAAGUUGUAGAAGAUUCAAUAAAUCUGGAAGAGCCUUUAAAAAGUGAUUACAAUUAUGAAGAUGAUCAGGAGCAUGAUGACAGUAACAAUGAAGAUGAUAAUGACAACGAAGAUGAUAAUGACAACGAAGAUGACAAUGAUGAGGAUGAUGAAGAUAUCAGUGAUUAUGAUGAAGUAGAUUUAUCUACUGAAAAUUUCUUAAGUAGCGCCGCUCCACCUUGGUUUAUUGCUGAGUACAGCAGAGGACAAUAUCCCCCUUAUUUUAUUGAUAUGAUGUAUCGCCAGUUGUUGUUUUGCCCACCACAAAUUGAAGAUUAUUUUUAUCCAGCUUCACAUCUGGUAAGUUUGAAGAUUAUUAGCGUAAUCUUUGAACUCUUGACAUCGAACAGAAAAGAUGUGAAAAAGAAUUUAGAGUACGUUAUAAGAGAUGACAAUAAUCGAGCAACUCGCUAUCAACUACAGUCCUGCAGAGAAAUCUUUUCUUUCAAUUAUCCACCAUUGAAGGAUCUCAAUACACUUCCUCUUGUCAUCAGAGAAGGCAUAUUAACUUGCACCUUGGAAACUCCAAAAGAAUUCAAUACAGAUCUCGUAUUGCCUGAGUGGAGAUUAUAUCUGGCCACCAUCAUUUAUUGGAGCCAACAAGGACAUGAACCUUUGGUAACUAGCUGCCACAUUUAUGCAUUGCUGUGUUCAAUGUUGUUUGGCAUCAUAGAUCAAAACUUAGGAUUUUGUCGCUCAGCACAUAAGUUAAAGGCUAAAUAUAAUGAUGUAAUUAAAAUAAUUGCUGAAAAUAGAAAAUCUCUGGUAGACAAGGGAUUGUUUCCAAAAAAUACAAAUUUCACCCUCGCUGGGAAAUAUGUCACACCAGAGGACUGUUUUUCAGCAGCAAAUUUUUUUAUCCCUUAUUUUAAUCUUCACCCUAAGAUGUCGUCCAGCCCAAAAGCGUUUAAUGUUACCGUUGUUCAUUCAUUUUCACAGUUUCAGAGUUGUUUGAGGUAUAGUAUGCAUCUCAAUGCUUUGCUUGGGUAUCCAUAUAUGCAGCCAAAGGUUGCGGAAGUUUAUAACGGUACAUUGCUGUAUAAUUUGUAUCACAACUUUAAGAAGCGCAAUAGCAUCGAAGCUUACAUAAAUGUUGUGCUUAAAGAUUCUCCAAGUCUUUUACAAAUUUUCAAUACUCUUACUAAUGCCAUUAAACAACCUCUAGCCACAGUAUUUGAGCAUAAUGUAAACCAGAAGAGAAGGCGUAAAAAUAAAAAUAAAUCGACAAAAGUUGAUGACGAGGAGUACAUGAGCUGUGCUAGUGGAGAUGAAAUUUUAGAGAAUAAUCAUCCCUUUAUAGAUCCAAACAAUCCGUUUUGUGUUCUCAAUGCAAUGGAGUAGUCGAAUAUCGCUCUCAUCAAUACAAAAUUUGUACAAUAGUGUACAUUUGUUAAUAGAUCGACCUGUACAAAAGUGCACCUUUUUUAUAAUGAUUGAAAUAGUAUCUUAAGGAUAUAUGUAUUUUACUAUAUCAAUUUUAUAUAUAGUCACCAUAUAAAUAGAGUAAGAAUAAGGGUUGCAAAGAGAGUAAACUUAUAUGUUGUUACAGAUGUAAAUAAUAU